AGUGCCGUUGUCAAGUGUCAACCAAAAUGUCAAAUGUCAAGAACAAGAACAAACAAUCCGAUAACUUGAUCUAAAAAUAGUUUUGAUAAGACAUUUUGGAAUAUUUUGUGGAGAUUUUGCUUUGGAAAAAACUAAAAUGAAUUUCGCUGGAAAAGUUGUAAUCGUUACUGGCGCUAGUUCUGGUAUUGGCGCUGCAACGGCGGUAUUUUUGUCAAGACUAGGCGCGAAGCUCUCUCUGACCGGUAGAAAUGUCGACAACCUCAAGAAAGUGAACGGUGAUUGCGAAAAAUCUACACCCACGUUUGUGGUUCCUGCAGAUUUGAAUAAGGAAAGCGAUAUUGAGAAAAUUGUUAAAAGUACUGUCGAUCAUUACGGACAAAUUGACGUAUUGAUUAACAACGCCGGUAUAAUAGAAACCGGUACCAUAGAGACUACAAGUCUCGCGCAGUAUGAUCGCCUAAUGAACACUAAUGUACGCUCGAUUUAUUACUUAACCAUGUUAGCUGUCCCACACUUGAUAAAAACCAAAGGUAACAUUGUAAAUGUAUCUAGUGUUAAUGGUAUAAGAUCGUUUCCUGGAGUGUUGGCGUACAAUAUAUCGAAAGCAUCCGUGGAUCAGUUCACACGCUGUGUAGCUUUAGAAUUGGCACCGAAGGGUGUUAGAGUUAACUGUGUCAACCCUGGAGUUAUUCUAACAGAGUUACAAAAGCGUGGGGGAUUAAGUGAGGAGCAAUAUGCGGCGUUUUUGGAGCGUACAAAGGAAACCCAUGCAUUAGGACGCCCAGGAAAACCGGAGGAGGUAGCUGCUACUAUAGCUUUUCUUGCCAGUGAUUUGGCAUCUAAUAUCACCGGAGCAAGCUUGCCGGUGGAUGGUGGACGCCAUGCAAUGUGCCCACGCUAACACUUAACUGAAGAAUGUGUUUUAUGAAAAAUUUGGUUGUACAAUACAAUUGUACUUAGCAUUUAAGAAUAACUGGGGAUAUUUACAUACUGCCAUAUACAUUUUGUUAAUAUUUUAUUGCAAAUAAAAAGCAUACUUUGUUA